GAGCGCCGCCUGUCAUACAGAGUCGCGCCCGCAGCCAGCCACGACUGUGCGCGCUCCACUGGAAGCGGGCGGGCGCGCGCGUCUCCCCCCGACGUCAGCGCUUUCCUGGCCAGUCUUGUCAGAGCCAAGUAACCCGAAGUAGUGGAAAAAAGCUCAACACGAGAGGAAUUUAACUUGGAAAAGAACGGCGAAGGGAAGGAAACCACCGGGUCCAAAUCUGGGAGCUCGGCUUUGUAUCUGGGACCCCUGCAGGGUGUCGGCGAACCCCAGUUCAGUUUCUGGGACCCCCGCCUCUCUUCCUGAGUUGUCUGGGACCCCUCGACUGUGCGGGUUCCGUUCUUUUUUUCUGGAGGAGUUGCGCUGGGAAGGAUGGAGCGGUUUCUAAGUUACCUUCUGGUUGGAUUGAAUCUUUUGCAAAGAGUUGGAGGGCAGACGAUUGCAGGAAGCUGUUCCUUUGAUGAACCAUUCAAUGCAUGCGGGUACAGCCAAAGGCUUGAAGACAGUGACCUUGACUGGGAUCAAGUAAACACAAUAGUGAAGCCUUUUAUGGAUCCAUGGAUACCAACAGGGUCGUUUGUGAUGGUCAACACCUCCGGACGCCAGGCAGGACAAAAAGCGCAUCUUUUAUUAUCGAAAGUGAAGGAGAACGAUACACACUGCAUUGAUUUCCAUUACUUCAUAUCUGGCAAGGAAAGGGCAAACCCGGGGUUACUCAAUGUUUAUGUGAAGGUCAAUGAUGGACCCCUUGGGAACCCAAUCUGGAAUGUGUCUGGAAUGACAACUAGAAGCUGGAACAAAGCCGAAUUGGCCAUUAGCACCUUCUGGCCAAAUUUCUAUCAGGUUGUGUUUGAAGCAGUCACAUCAGGUCAGCCUGGGUACAUUGCUAUUGAUGAAGUGAAAAUCCAAGGACACCCAUGCACGAAAACUCCCCAUUUCCUACGCCUGCAGAAUGUAGAGGUUAACGCGGGGCAGAAUGCCACCUUCCAGUGCAUGGCCAAUGGGCAAACUUCCUUCACUGACAAACUUUGGCUUCAGCGGCGCAAUGGACAUGACACACCUGUGAAGGAGACCAAAGUGUUGAACCACCGUCGAUUCGUAGCUACCUUCAUGGUGGCUAACACCAUUAAGAGUGACAGUGGCCGCUAUCGUUGUGUGAUUGAAUCGGACAGAGGCUCCGGAGUUUCCAACAAUGCAGAGUUAAUUGUGAAAGAUCCACCUACUCCGAUUGCCCCACCUCAGAUUAAUUCUGUUGGUGCUACGUACCUGUGGAUCCAGCUUAACGCAAACUCCAUCAGUGGGGACGGGCCUAUCAUCCAACGUGACAUUGAUUACCGCAGCACAUCUGGGAGCUGGGCGGACAUACAGCCAGUGGACAGCCAUCAGUACAAAAUUGGCCACCUGGAUCCUGACACCGAGUAUGAAAUCCGAGUCCUCCUCACCCGACCUGGAGAAGGGGGAAGGGGAGCUCCUGGCCCUGCCCUCAGAAUGAAAACUAAGUGUGGAGAUCCCAUGCACGGACCUAGGAAUGUGGAAGUUAUGGAAAUCAAGUCGAGACAAGUCACAAUCCGCUGGGAGCCAGUGGGCUACAAUGUGACCCGGUGCCACAGUUUUAACCUCACAGUUCAUUACCGGUACGUGGUGGGAGAUCAAGAACACGUGGGCGAGGAGGUCUGUCAGGACACUGGGCACUCUCUGCCACAGUACACCCUGCGCGGUCUGUCACCGUACACCAACGUCAGUGUGAAACUGGUCCUGAUGAACUCAGAGGGGAGAAAAGAAAGCGAGGAGCUUGUGAUCCAGACAGAUGAAGAUGUGCCUGGUGCAAUUCCAAAAGCCUCGGUGCAAGGAAGCCCCUUUGAGGAGAAGAUUUAUCUGCAAUGGAAAGAGCCGAUUGAAACGUUUGGCAUUAUCACACUUUAUGAGGUCUCCUACAAUGCCAUCAGCUCAUUUGAGCCUGAGAUUGACUUAUCGAACCAAAGCGGUCGAGUGUUCAAGUUAGGAAAUGAGACCCAUCACUUGUUUGUUGGCUUACACCCGGGAACAACCUAUUCAUUUACCUUUCGUGCCAGCACUAUCAAAGGCUAUGGGCUCCCCAUCACAAAGUCCUUCACUACAAAGAUAUCAGCACCAUCCAUGCCCACAUAUGAUCAUGAUGCACCAUUGAACCAGACUGACAGUACUGUGACUGUUCUGCUGAAGCCUGCCCAGAGCAGAGGUGCACCUGUCAGUGUCUACCAGGUCAUUGUGGAAGAAGAGCGCCCACACAGGGCAAAGAAGGACAUAAAUGCUCCGGACUGCUACUUUAUUCCCAUCACCUACCAGAACAUCUCAAUUUCAGACUCUCCUCAUUAUUUUGCUGCUGAAUUUCCACCGGCAGCCCUCAAAGUGGCCCAGCCAUUUACCAUCGGAGAUAACAAGACAUACGGUGGCUACUGGAACGCUCCACUUCUUCCGCACAAGAGUUAUAGCAUUUACUUUCAAGCAGUGAGCAAAGCCAAUGGGGAAACCAAAAUUGACUGCGUCAGGGUCGCUACAAAAGCUGCGAUAAUUGUGACUCAGCUUACAACACCAUACAUUCGCAUCGCCCCUGCUGCAGGCGACAACCAACUAACAGGAAGUGCGACUCGUAAACCGAGCGCAGAAGAGCCGGAGAAACAGACGGACCACACAGUGAAAAUCGCCGGGGUUAUUGCUGGAAUUCUUCUGUUUGUCAUCAUUUUCCUUGGCAUUGUGUUGAUCAUGAAGAAGAGAAGAAGCUCUCAGUCCUACACUUACUACCUAAAACUAGCAAAGAAGCGAAAGGAUACGUUGAGCAGUACCCGGCAAGAGAUGACUGUGAUGGUAAAUUCAAUGGACAAGAGCUUUACUGAGCAAGGAACUAAUUGUGAUGAGGCUUUCUCCUUUAUGGAUACACAUAAUCUGAAUGGAAGAGCCGUGUCCUCACCAUCUUCAUUUACUGUGAAGACAAAUACACUGAAGAGCCCAGGAAUUCAGAAUUCUUACUAUCCAGCAGAUCCUUUCGUGCCAACAGCAAUAUUAGAUGAAAAUCAGACUGUCAACAAUGAGACCAGCAGCCUGGCACAGCCCCACCCCUACAAGAAACGAGAGCCUGUGGAUGUGCCAUACCAAACAGGGCAGCUUCAUCCAGCCAUUCGGGUAGCAGACCUGCUGCAGCACAUAACACAGAUGAAAUGUGCCGAAGGUUACGGAUUCAAAGAAGAGUAUGAGAGUUUUUAUGAAGGACAGUCCGCCGCAUGGGAUUCUGCCAAGAAAGAUGAAAACAGGAUGAAGAACAGAUACGGGAAUAUCAUAGCUUAUGAUCAUUCUCGGGUCAGACUACAACCAUUGGAAGGUGACUCAAAUUCUGAUUACAUUAAUGCAAACUAUGUGGAAGGCUAUCACAGACCGAACCACUAUAUUGCCACACAAGGACCGAUGCAAGAAACAGUCUAUGAUUUCUGGAGGAUGAUUUGGCAAGAAAAUUCUGCUUCUAUUGUCAUGGUGACAAACCUGGUGGAGGUUGGAAGGGUGAAGUGCUGCAAGUAUUGGCCUGAUGAUACAGAAAUCUACAGAGACAUCAAAGUAACUCUCAUUGAAACAGAACUGUUGGCUGAAUAUGUCAUCAGAACAUUUGCAGUAGAAAAGAGGGGUGCCCAUGAGAUACGAGAGAUCAGGCAGCUCCAUUUCACUGGUUGGCCAGACCAUGGUGUUCCAUACCAUGCUACAGGGCUUCUGGGCUUUGUUCGACGUGUCAAGACAAAGAAUCCAGCAGGUGCUGGACCUAUUGUGGUGCAUUGCAGUGCUGGAGCAGGAAGGACGGGGUGCUUCAUGGUCAUUGACAUCAUGUUGGACAUGGCAGAAAGAGAAGGGGUUGUCGAUAUCUACAACUGUGUCAGAGAGCUGCGAUCACGCAGGGUCAACAUGGUCCAGACAGAGGAACAGUAUGUAUUCAUCCAUGACGCCAUACUAGAAGCCUGUCUGUGCGGAGAUACAGCAAUUCCCGCCUCUCAGCUGAGGUCUGCCUAUUAUGAGAUGAAUAAGCUGGAGCCACAAACUAAUUCUUCGCAGAUAAAGGAGGAGUAUAGGACUCUUAAUAUGGUGACCCCAACACUACGAGUCGAGGACUGCAGUAUAGCCCUCCUACCGCGGAACCAUGAGAAGAACCGAUGCAUGGACGUCCUUCCACCAGACCGAUGUCUCCCAUUCCUCAUCACCAUAGAUGGCGAGAGCAGCAACUACAUCAACGCUGCCCUAAUGGACAGCUAUAAGCAGCCAUCUGCCUUCAUUGUUACUCAACACCCAUUGCCAAAUACUGUGAAGGACUUCUGGAGACUGGUGUUGGACUAUCACUGCACAUCAAUUGUCAUGCUGAAUGACGUGGACCAUGCUCAGCUGUGCCCUCAGUACUGGCCAGAAAAUGGUGUCCAUCGGCAUGGGCCCCUCCAAGUGGAGUUUGUGUCCGCUAACCUUGAAGAGGAUAUAAUCAGCAGAAUAUUCCGAAUUUACAAUGCAUCCAGGCCUCAAGAUGGCUGUAGGAUGGUGCAGCAGUUCCAGUUUCUGGGAUGGCCCAAGUGUCGAGAUAAUCCCAUCUCCAAACGUUCCUUCUUGAAACUCAUCAGACAGGUGGAAAAAUGGCAGGAGGAAUAUGACGGUGGGGAAGGUCGCACAGUUGUACAUUGUCUGAAUGGUGGAGGACGCAGUGGCACAUUCUGUGCAAUCAGUAUCGUGUGUGAAAUGCUGCGACAUCAGCGGGCUGUAGACGUGUUCCACGCUGUAAAAACACUGCGUAACAACAAGCCCAAUAUGGUUGACUUGCUGGAUCAAUAUAAGUUCUGCUAUGAAGUGGCAAUUGAAUGCUUGAAUUCUGGUUGAUCAAGAUUUAGCAGAUACACUGGCAGCCGACGAGACCCAUCCUGUCCACAUUGAGAAAGCAACUCCCUGAUUCCUGGUAAACUGUGAUGAGAGAGCUUCACAUCAUCAGCCAUCAGUUCUACAAGCCAAUGCUUCUCCUUAGUUUUUAUCCCACUCGCUGGGUCCCUUCUGGGAGCUCAGAGGAACAGUAAGAGAAAGAGAGACUGUAAAAUUCUGCUUGCACUGCCAGACAUUUACUUUAAUCCACCAGCUCCCUAUACUGUAGCUGUUUAAUAUUUAAAAUAAAAUCAAUAUUCAUAGUAAAUGUAUACACAUUAUUCAAAAUAUUGUUAGUUAGCUGUUGUAACUAAAGAGCACAAUAUCUUUUUUAAAUGCAAAGCAUUUUACUGACAGCCUAGAGAAGUUGACAAAUGCCAAGAGCAAAAAGUAAAUCCAUUAAACUCAAUCAUUAAAUACUUUUCUAAGUCUAUUCCAACCAUAAUCUUCCUUAUAACCUGAGCCUGUAUCCUCCCUGACUCUCAGUCACCGCCCAAGAGCUGUUGCAUUUCCCCAUGUAAAACAACUUCAAAUACUCUUCUGUCACCUGGGAUCAUUUUAUUCUUCAUGUGAACAAUUCUAAUUGCAAAUAUGUUAAGUCUCUAUUCUUGUACAGUUUGAGUUCAAGUUUAUCAAUAAAUGCCAUGAAAAUUAGCUUUCUACAGAGCAUUACAGACUAUAAUCAUCAUUUCUACCUUGUUCCUUUUUAAUACAAUUUUCCUUCAGAACCUUAUAUUUAAUUGUUUUUUUCUCUCUCCAAUCUCCAACUUCAUGUCCUUUGAGAAACAGUUGAGGUCUUCUCUUACAUUACAGAUUUUACAUCAGCACAGGUCACAACAAUUUCAGUUCUUCUAGCUCAGUUCAUCCAUUCUCCAUUGCACCUUUGAUUAUCUGUGUUUUGCCUCCAGUUACCCACUCCUGCUCUGAAUCUGUAUUCAAAAGAAUGCCAGGAGGUUGAAGUUGAGCUGGCUUUCACAGCCAGGGAGAGUGAGUGUCCGAUUUCUACUCCUCUUUGAAUGGUGUGCUGAUAUGACCGGUGGGGGGAGUGGUGUAUGGCAAUGGUUGAAUUGCCAAUCUCACUGAUAAAAGUUGCUUAUUCUUCUAUCUGAAGAAGUGGGUUGAUAUUCUGACUACUGGGUUGUAAGGUGCCACAGUAAAGAUGUCUCGUAACGUAAAGAAGAGACUGAUUCAUUUGUGUAGCAUCAUUUUAAAAUGCCUCUCUAUGCCAACCUAGCCCUUGUCCUCAUAGCCUAUUCCCCUUACUACUGGCUGUUCAACUAAUCCUGCAGUGUGGAAUUCAGGUCAUGGUAAUCCUGGAAAAUCAUAAGCAAAGCCAGUGGAUCACCAGAAAUUAAUGUCAAUCAUUAAUUCCAUUCCUGAGAUGUUAAUUCCAUCCUCUCCCAGGAUCUUUGUGGAAGAUCCAGAUUUUGCAAUGAUCCAACUGGGUUAUACUUGUAAUUUCAUUCUGUGUCCGUCACAAAUAUGCCUUCAUCUAUUUCUGUUACAUAGCUUGCCUUCACAGUCUGACUCCACCAAUCUGCUACUAAAGCACUCGUCCGCACUCUUCUUACCUCCUCUCUGAGCCUCAUCAGUACCAUUAUGGUUGGCGUCCCUAUCCUCCAUUCAAAAAUAAACUUCAACUCCUGCCCACCCCCUCCUUGCAAACAAGCCAUCACCCACCUAUUUGGCAACUCUCCGUUGUCUCCUUUUCUUUCAUUUAGGAAGUUCCUUUGACCUAACUAUUUGGCCAAACUUUUGACCAUCUUUGCCAAUUCACUCAGUGUCGUUUUGUUCUUUAAUGCUUUGACUCCCUUGUUCUGCAUUGAAAUAUUUUCCUACAUUAAAGUCUACUUUCAUGCAAGAUUUUGAUGUCAUCAGGUUAAUCUGAACAGCACUGCUCUAGGGCAGAUUCCUGUGCUGUUUUCACCAUUCCAACGACCAUGGGGUAAUCUCAACUGUUGACGCUAUCACUAGGGAGUCUGCAGUUGCUCCUUGUGACAGCAUUGGGUUCACCCCAACUCUGAGUGCUGCAGUUGCAAGAUCGACCCUAUAAAUUACCCCUUUUGUAGCUGGGUUGUGGUUGGUAGUUUAAUUGGUCCAUGUAAUUUAUCCAUUGUGUCAAGGAGUGCUACGAAAAUUAGAGUGGAGCAAAUAGACAGGUGGGAGAUUAUAUGCUGUGGGGAAAAUGGGGGUAAUGGUAUUUUCCCAAGGGUCAACAUAGACUCACUGGGCAGAAUGGCCACCUCAUGGGGAGAUAUGGAAGUAUGAAAACCUCACAUUAACCAGUACGGUUAACAUACAGGAUUCUCCUACUGCUCUGCAGUCUUCAAAAUGUUGAGGUCCAAUGCCUUAAGAUUUUACAAAAAAAAUUAGCACAAAUUUGUGCAGUGGACAUUUUAAAAAUGACCUGCGUAUGCUUUAACACCAGUAACACCAUUUUCACCCAUCAGUGAAUUAGGACUGGGCGCUCCCAAGAGUGACCAGUUUAAGUGCAAGUGCCAUUUCUGCAACAUCUCUGACACAUGUGAUGACAUCAUCAGUGUGCACUGUCUUUGCAUCCACUGUUGACACUGAAAAGUUCAACGUUUGACCUGUUCUUUCUCAUUAAUUGUUAAUCAACAACGAGCAAACACUGUGCCAAGUCGCCAAUCAUCUGCCAAUGAAAGUGGGACACUGAUUUACAUGUCAGCCUUGUGUAGGGGCCACGCUAAUCUGCUUUCCCCCUUCAUUGCUCCUGUCAAACUGAUCACUGGUGUUCUUACACAGUGCUGGAUUGAAUUUGAACACAUUCAAACUCAGUGGUCCAAGUUUCUGGAUGUCAGUCCAGUCACAUAACCAAAAUGUGGUCGUAUCAAGACAGACAUUGUAUUGCCUUGUCUUCGUUAUUUGUACCACAGCCUGAGGAAAGAAGGCUGUAAUGUACUUGGGUGAUUGAGCUAUACAUUAUAAAGUUAAUUGAUAAUAUUGAAAGGAAUAGAUUCAAACGGAAAAACAAAUAUUCUUCAUGUCCUCCUUCAUUACUUUUUCAUGAAGUGAUUGGCUUUCAGUGUUUUCCUACAUUCCUAUUGUCUAUCAUGAUUGAAAAGGAAAGGUACCUCAAUCGUGAUCUUCCACACCUUUCAAAAUUAUUUUUAAGCAAAAAUGACAAAGUGAGAGAAUGGCUGCAGAGAAGGAGGAUAAAAUAAAACUCUCUUCCUUCAAGACAACUCAGUAUUAGCAUUGGCCCCUUGGCUUAGUAUAAAAAGAUUGAAGCAGAGACUAAUAUUUCAGUGUGACCCACUGAUAAGGAUUUAGUAGUAUCAGUAUUAUCAGUUAGCUCUGGUGUUAGUCAACUUCUAAUGAGGAAUUUGAUUGCUUGUACUAGGUCACUGAAUGCAAUACUGUUCAAGGCACAGUAUGCAUUUCAAUUUUGUGGAGAAGGCAGUCCCUGGUUACCUUUUAUAAUCCUUAUAUUCAAAAAAAUACAUUUAGUGUAUGUGGCUUAUAUAAUCUUAAUGGACCAUUUGUAUGUUCGAAAGUUUUCCUUUUCUUUUGUCAUGAUUGUUACCCAUCAGCUUGUCAACUUACAAAUAACUGCUGAGUGCAGCUAUAACAACAGAAAAAGCCAGAAAUUAGUCAGACCCUCAAUGAAUGAGCCAAAGCUUUAUUCUUCAUUUGUUUAUAUUGUAAAUAUUUAUGAAUCAUCUGAUUAUUUAUUCAUGAAGAAAACUCCUUUUGUGAAGCACCGUGAGUGACAAUCGUUUUUCCAGAAACCUUAGUAUUGUCCACAGAAUGAUAUUGUUAACUUUUUGUUUAUCUUGUGUUGCAGUAAUUGAUCGUGCAAUAAAGAAUUAUCCGACCAGCA